AAGUCAAAAAAGUUGCUGUAUAACAAUUUGUUGCAAUUAAAGUUGCACUAUAAUGGCAUUGUCUACUUAAAAUAGAAAAUGAUGGUGAUAAUAUAUUUUUCUCGUAAAAUUUACACAGACAAUGCAAUAUUUCAUUUAAGAAUCAAUUGCAAAAAUAUAUAUGUAUAUAUAGUAUUGAUCAUGUAUUUUGUCACAAGAACUGUAAGAGCGGAAAAUAUAUAUUUUUCUCUAUUAAAUACUGCGUAGAGAAGACAAAAAUUAGUUUCUCUCUGAUAUUCUCUGUCAAAACAAGUUUUGAUAAUUCAAAAAGUACCAAUUCUGUGAGUAUUUCAGAUAAUUCGAAUUCUCUGUGGUAAUUACUUUCAACGAUCAGAAAAGUUCAUUCAUUUUAGUCAUCAUAAGACUACAAUUAUGCUUACAUUUACAUAUAAAAGCUCAGUCCAUUAACACCAAUUGUUUAGGACUAAUUUUUUAAUGAUUCAAGUAUGUAAAUAGUUUCCAAGCUGAGGAGCACAAAACAUCAUAUUGUCAAAGUCGCUUUCAUGUUAUUGAAAAUUUUGCGUUGAUUCAAUCUGAUGAAAAGUGAUUACAAAGUGACAAACUUUUGGUGUCCUUCAGAAACAAAUAACCUGAAAACGAAAAAAGGAGAAGUGGAUGGAACGUCAAUAAUAAAGUUCAUUAUAAAUAAUAUACAACAUUAAAAAAUACUUUGAUAAAAUAUUUGUAAUCUAAACUUGUUUUACGUAAUUUAUCCACUCAAAUUAAGUGUAACAAAUAGUGCAAGUGUGUGAUGACUCAUUGAAAGAAAUGAAAAAAGUGGACGAAAAGCAACAAAAACAAACCUUACCAAUAUCUGAUUAAAUUAAGUUAUGUGCCUUAUUAAGGGAUCUUAAGAAAGAAUAAUACACAUCAAAAUGGAUGACAGAAGAGUUGCAGAUUAUUUUGUAGUCGCUGGAUUACCUGAAAAUCCAGAAUCUUUGGAUGAGACAACCUUAUCUGAAGGAGGCAAUUUAAAAGCAAGCCAUGGACAACCCCCUAUUACAGAUAUUAGUGUUAUUUUUCCUAGCUUAGGAGAGACUAAACCUGAUGAUUAUGAGGUUAUUACAAAAACACCAACAGGUCUAAGUGCAGAUUUGAAUCAUGGUAGCUUAAGAACUAUUGAGUGCUUUUUGUGCAUAAGAAGAGGCCGGGACAAACCUCCCUUAGUUGAUAUAGGAGUAAUGUACGAAGGUAAAGAAUUGCUAAUGGAAGAUGCAGAAGUAGUUAAAAAGAGUGUAGGAGGCAAUAUUGCAAACGUAAACAACUCAACUUCUCAGACAUUUAUUACAUACAGAAGAGGACCAAAAUCAAUGCCUUGUAAUGCAUUGGUUGUAACUGAUGUUUGUGUGGUAAUAGCUAGUAAAGGAGAAUCACCGCCCCAUGCUUUUUGUUGCAUAAAUAAAAAUCUCAACAAAGGUAUUGUUGGCAGCGACGUUUUUUUAUGCUAUAAAAAGUCCAUGAAUAGAGCUACACUGUUAACUUAUAAACCAGAGGUUUUAUCAAGAUAUCCUAUAGCAGAUCUUCAGGAUUUUCCGUUUCCAAGUUCUGUGCAUUUAUUUUGUUUACCAAUGGGUGCAACUCUCGAAUUGUGGCCUAAAGAAGCUACACAACCAAAACCAGUUUUCAGUACCUUCGUAUUGACCGUAUCAGAUGCUAAACACAAAGUGUAUGGUUCAGCUGUUACUUUCUAUGAAAGAUUCCCAGAAAAUAAACUCACUCAGCAACAAAAAGAAUUACUAAAUUAUACAGAGGACUAUGAUGGACUAAUACAAGUUAAUAAAAGUAUAUGUGUGUUAUCACACUGGCCUUUUUCUGAAGAUUUUGAAGUUUGGCUUAGAUGGUUACAUGGCAUUGGCACCAGUGGUGAACCUCAAGCCAUUCCUGUGGAAAGAUACAUCACACAACUUUUAGAUGAAGUUCCAUUUCCAUCCCCGAGAAUAUUGCUUCAAAUGUCUCCCCAAAACAACAAAGAUAGAGUGAUAUUAACACAGCCUGAGGAUUUACCUUUACCAAGAAGUGCCGCAAGCUUCAAACAAUUAUUGAUUAACUUGGGGCCAGAAAAUUGUUUACAAGUUUUAUUAUUGAUGUUAACGGAACAGAAAGUAUUGAUACAUUCUCUAAGACCGGAUACUUUGACCAGUGUGGCGGAAGCUGUCUCAACUAUGUUUUUUCCUUUUAAAUGGCAAUGUCCAUAUAUUCCUUUGUGUCCACUUGGAUUAGUCGAAGUUCUGCAUGCCCCUUUGCCUUUCCUUAUAGGAGUAGAUUCGCGGUUUUUCGAUUUAUAUGACCCUCCACCUGACGUAAGCUGUAUAGAUUUGGACACAAACAUCAUAACCGUUGCAGAAACUCAAAGACAAAAUUUAAAUAUCAAAUUACUUCCAAAGAAGGCUUCUAAAAUUUUAAAAUCUACUUUGGACUAUCUACAUUACCAAUUGAGAAAUAAUGCUGCUAAUAACACAUCUGACACGAAUAAUCCAGAUGAUAUAGAAUUAGAGUUUCAAAGAAGAAAAAAGCAACAAGCACAAGAACUUGAAAUACAAGAAGCUUUUCUCAAGUUUAUGGUUUUAUCAUUGAAAGGUUAUAGAUCAUAUCUUCUGCCCAUUACCAAAGCUCCAACUGUUGGUACAACUGACCCUGAAGCUCUGUUUCAAUUGAGCGAUUUUCUAAAAAGUAGGGAUAAGACCAAUCACAGGUUCUUCAAUUUAGUCAUGAAAACUCAAAUGUUUAUUAGGUUUAUUGAAGAGAGAAGUUUUGUAGCAGAUGGUGAUCAAGGCUUGGCAUUUUUUGAUGAUUGCAUAGAAAAAAUCGGCCACGAAGAAAAUAAUAGUCGAUUAAUAGAAUAUGAUUCAGUGCAUAAAAGUGAUAGGACUGUUUUUGUUUUACCACCAGAACCUACUGUACCCGGCACUGAAAUGUAUAAGUAUACUCACUUCAACUUGAAAGCGGAAUUAUUAAUCGGACUUGGAAAAAAGAAGAAUCCAUUAUCAUCUUUGUUUCAAACAAUAACUCCAGGCUCUCCCAUGGCUCGAAGAACAAAACAGGAAAUAAAAAUGGCUCAAAAAUUAGCUAGGAAGUGUGUAAGGUCUCCAGAUUUAUGGGCGGCUUGUCUCUGUGGUACAUGCCACACUCUCUAUUUCAUGAUACUGCCCAGUAUGUUACAUUUGAAUGUCGGAAAAGAAAAAGCUAUUUUACAACAAUCUUAUGAGCUCCUCGUUAGAGCGACCAAGUUGAGAUUUGCCUGUGAUGAAGUUUGUUAUCGACUUAUGAUGCAAUUAUGCGGAGAACAUUCCAGACCUUUGUUGGCUGUUAAAUUAUUAGUUUUAAUGAAAAAGUUUGGGAUACAACCCAAUGCUCUAACAUACGGAUUGUAUAAUCGUUGCGUUUUGGAAGCAGAAUGGCCAGCUCAUUCUAGUUCUAGCCAGUUAUUAUGGAAUAAGUUGAGAAAUGUUGUUAUGGGAGCAGCUCAUUUCAGGUGGGCUGGAAGAAAGAAAUCUUCGAGGAAUAUGUCUGCAUCUACCGAAGGAGCAAAUAGUUUGUUGGAUCAGGCAGAUCGAACUAUCUCUCGAUCAUCUCUGGAUUCCCACGAAGCUAUUAAAGAAGACCAUCCACCUCCACUGAAAAGAGGUACCAGUAUCAUUAAGGGUAGUUUGAAUGGUCUCGAGGAAGUAGACGCUUUGGAAACGAUAAAUGGUGAUGAAGAGGAAGAAAAUAAUUUAACAUUAGUUGAAAACCAGAAUUUCGAAGAAGGUGAUCUAGAGCGUACAGAGGUGGAACAUAGGGAAAAUAAUAUUCCUACACCAGAUAGUCCGUCCGAACACAGAUUAUUGUCGAGGUCUGAAAGUGCUGCAGAUGCCAAUUUGAUCGAUCAGGUACAGAUUAAUAACAAGAAGAGUUGUUCGAAAGUCUUGCAGUUUAAUAAUGGAACUGGUGAAAAAGAAGAACCAGAGGAAAGAGAAAAUGGAAAAAUCAGCCCUGGAAAAGUUUGCCGAGAAGUUAUUACAGAGAACGAUCCCUUGGGUGCCUUUACCUUGCCUCCUGAAGAAAUCACAAUAACUCAACCGUCCCAGACAACAGAAUCGCAAAUUCGCAAUUCAAACCUUUCAGUUGAACCCGUCCUUUUCAGAUCGUCUGUUCAACGAUCGGCUACUUUCGAAGGAAGUCCACCAUCUCAAAAUAAGUUACACAGAUCUGAGACUGUACCAGCGGCAACUGUCGCUUCGAGUUUGGCUAGUUUUGGAUCUAGCUUAAAACUUGGAUUCAGCCGCUAUUCACCGUCACGCCUUUCCCUGCGCAAAGCUGAUUUGAAAAUGUCCCAACAGUUCAUUGAGAAUGCCAUCAAUAAUUUCAGUCCAAGUAGUUUAACUAGUAAAAAAUCCAACGAAUUAAUACAAGGUGGUCUCAGUUCAAUCAAAUCAGCUGCUACGACUAUGGUUAAGAAAAUGGAGGAGAUCAAAGAAGCGAUUUCAACGUCUACUAAUUCUACACCUGUUAAAGUUUUGACUAGUGACGGUUUGGGCGGUAGAGAUGCUGUAGAAGGUGGAGAAGGGGAUUCUAAUGAUGGUAGUGAUUAUGGGGACAGACAUAGAAAAAUAUCGACUGAAAUGAACAGUUAUAGGGGUAGUGUUACAAAUUUGAAAGAAUAUGAUGAAGGUUUACCGGAUAGUUUGUUUCCAGUACCGAAAGCAGAUAGUUCGGAAUGUGAAAUAGACAUAUCAUUAACGACAUGUUCACAGUGUCACAAUUGUUCCUGUCUCUUAUACGACGAAGAAAUUAUGGCCAACUGGUCAUCAGAAGACUCAAAUUUGAACACUCUUUGUCAAAAUUGUAAUAAACCCACUGUACCUUUUUUGACAGUGUCAAUUACGGGUCCUGAUAUUGAACCUUGUGAUCCAUUCAGCAUACCUUACUUAAAUCCGCUCGUUUUAAGAAAAGAACUGGAAAACAUUAUAACGCAAGAAGGGGAUUUAUGUUUGUCUGAUUCAAGAUUUGUUGAUGAACAUCCCAUCAUUUAUUGGAAUCUUAUUUGGGUGUUUGAAAGGAUCAAUGUUCAAACGCAUCUGCCCAAUUUGUUUUUAAGGAAUAAGGCAUGUUCUAACAGGGGUAGCAGCAGUAAAUUGAACACAGAUAAUUGUGAUAGGUUAGGAAAUGGAGGAACCACUUCUAUGGAGCCAGUUGAAGAAGGAACAGAUCCGUUGACUCAAGAACUUACUGCUUUGGCUGAGCCAAAGGAAAGAGAAUCACAAAUGGCAGCACAAGUUCGUUUGAGAUGUUUUUGGGAUGAGCCAGGAUUGCAUACGGAGGGUCCUCCCAUGUAUAUCCUGUGGAAAAUGAGGGAUACUUUGCAAUUUAAUUCUAAUGGAAAAAGUUUGAUAACGAAGACAUUUAUGCAACAAGUUAUAAAUUUCAUUCGUGUGAGCGAUUUAGCAGAGCCAGUAAGGACGUUAUCCAAAGAUAGGAAAGACGAAGUGAAUCCCAAGUGCAACUCAAUUUACAGAGACAUUCUAUUUUUGGCUUGCAAAGUAUUAGGAAGAGAUCAAAUAGAUAUCAAUACGUUUGAUAAAGAAUAUGCUGCUGCCUAUUCGCGAGCGACUGAACGACAAAAUAAACUCUAUUCACAGGAUAAACCUAUCAGUUUAUCAGCUCUUUAUUGCAGACAAUAUUUCCGACCUCUAACGUUGCCUUGAAAUCUUUUGUAAAGAAUAUUCUGUUAGAAAAGUUAAGUUUUAGUUUGUUAUUAUUCCAAUUGAGAAGAUUUUGUAGCAGAAAAUAACCAAAACCGAAAACGAUCAUUUGUUUUUUGAUAAUUUAACUGAAAUUUUACUGCAGAUAGAAGGGUAUGGGAAUAUAAAGUGAGGGACACAUCUUACAAUUUUUACUGCUGAACAAAAAUCCGUUUCUUGAAAUUAUGUGCAAUAUUUUAUUAUCGAUAAAGUUUUUUGUUGAAUAUUUUCAUGUUGUAUGAUUACAUAUUUGAUUUUAAAUCUCUAAACCUGUACAGUUAUAAAGCAUGUCCUCAAUUGUUUUUAUUCUCUUCACCGUUUUGUUUGUCAGAUGAAUGUUUCAGUACCUAUCGGAAUAAUUUCUUCCACUAUUCUGUCUUUUGGUAUCUUCCUCAAUUUCUCCAAAGUUUUUACUCUUUUUGUCCCAUUUAUUUAGAUCUUCUUUGGUCUUCUUUUUUUAUUAAUUCCGUUAUUUUGUUUUGUUGAUAUUUAACAAUGUGUCCUUACCAAUUCAGCUGUCUCAUUUAUUUUCUCUAUUAUUGCUUUUUGUUCUGUUACUUUCCUAAUGUUUUUGCUCUUGUCUCAUUUAGUUUUUCAUGCUUCCUCCAUUGUUAAAAUUUAAUUUAAUAUUUUAUUUAUGAUGUAUUAUUUCUUUAAGGUUAACAGUAUUUACAUUAGGCAUCUAGCGGUGUAAAAUAAAAUUGUUAAUUUCUCUA